CGCAGUUUAAUGACGUUUGCCUCCUUCGUUACGAUGUCUGGGGAGCUUCGUUGGCCUGCCUGACCUGUAAUUUUAAAUCGAUUGAGCUCCUUGUUUUAAAGUCAUAUUCCUAUGUUAUACAUCUAAGAUCACAUAUCAGGUCUCUCCUUCUACGUCUUGUUUUUAUCUCUCAUAUUGCAUCGGAGCCAUCUUCUCCUGGUCAAGCCCUGCGAAAUGGAGGCCCACAAUACCGCUGUUGCGGGAGUCGCAGAAAGAAUUCGUUAUUUCUAUCAAAAGCGGCAGCCGUUCCGUAUUUAUCAUGGAUCCACUCUCAGCACUCGACAUAUCGCCCGCCAACGAGAUAGCGUAAUAGACACCAGCAUGCUAUCGUCGGUCUUGACCGUCGACAAAGUUACGAGAACAGCUAUGGUCGAACCCAAUGUCCCUAUGGAUCAGCUUCUGCAAGCAACGACCGCAUAUGGCCUUCUUCCCCCCGUCGUAAUGGAGUUUCCCAAUAUUACUGUUGGAGGCGGCUUCGCAGGCUCGUCCGGGGAGAGCAGCUCUUUCAAGUAUGGCAUGUUCGAUUGCACGAUUAACAGUAUCGAAAUCGUGUUAGCGAAUGGCGACAUCGUUACGGCAUCCGCUUCAGAUCCUGAGACUCGAGAUUUGUUCUAUGGCGCUGCGCAGACAUGCGGGACUCUGGGUGUGGUCACGCUUCUCGAGGUCCAGCUUAUGGAGUCCAGGCCGCUGGUUGAGCUUACAUACCUUCCAUUAAGAAGUAUGCCAGAUUUGCUCGUCAAAUUGGAAGAAGCAGCGGCCGACUCAUCAGUUGACUACAUCGACGGCAUUGUAUACGCCCCAGACUCGAUCGUGAUCAUGAUCGGCCGACUCGUCUCUUCCCAGCCGUCUGGAACCCACCCUCAAAGAUUCCAAGGCGCUCGAGACCCCUGGUUCUACCUUCACGCCCGCGACAAGCUUGCCGAAGCGACACUCGAUUCUGGCAAAAGUGUGUCCGAUUACAUCCCAAUAGCAGACUAUCUCUUCCGCUACGACCGUGGUGCCUUCUGGGGAGGGGCGCACGCCUUCAAAUACUUCCUCACUCCCUUUACUCACAUAACACGGUACCUCCUAGACCACUUCAUGCGGACCCGUGUCAUGAUACAUGCUCUACACAGGAGCGGGCUCGCGAGGCAGACGAUUAUUCAGGAUUUAGCGGUACCGUAUUCCUCCGCCGAGGCAUUCGUGGACUACUUGAACCAAACUCUAGGUUUUUAUCCAUUGUGGCUAUGUCCGGUGCGCGAUGCUGCAGGAGCGAGGAACUCGCCGGGUGUGAGGACGUUUGCUGGGGGAAAGGGCCCGCAUCUCGACGGCAUGGUGCUAAAUGUUGGGGUCUGGGGUAUGGGUCCUUCGGAGGUGCACUCGUUCAUCAAGCUCAACCGCGAGAUAGAACAGAAGGUGCGUGAGCUGAACGGGUUGAAAUGUCUGUACGCGCACGCAUACUACACUGAGUCAGAGUUCUGGGAUAUCUACGACGAGAAGUCGUACACAGCCUUGCGGGAGAAGUACCACGCGACCUCGCUUCCGUCUAUCUUUGACAAGGUAAAAGUUGACUCGGCACCGCCGGAUCCGAAGGCCGAGUCGUGGUCUGCAUGGGCAAAUAGGAAGGUGUGGGAUGUAUGGCCGUUGGGCGGGGUCUAUGGCGUGUUGAGUUCGAUAAAGGGAGGGGAGUUCCUGUUGGGGAAAUAGACGUGCAGAAUCGAGCUGUUUCCUUCUCAAGAGACAUCAAAUUGCUGCAGGUUUUGUAGCGGAAUAUCCAUUCUUCUCCAUGCUAGACCUUCCAUG